AUGACGCCAUCCGCCAUCCCUUCGCCUCCCGGAGGCACCAAUCUCAUCAAGCAAGAACCAGUCAAGGAAGAGCGGAGCGAGAACUCCUUAUGGGACGUCCCCGCAGAAAAUCCGACAACUAGACGAAUUACAAAAACCGAGGACAUUGACAAUCCUGAGGCUAUCCUGAACAUCGUCAAAGAGGAGGCUUUCGAUACCUCAAAGUUCCUGGACGAACUUCCCGUUCUUAUGCAAGGCAUUCAGAGCACCGGCUCCUUUUGCUUGACUAAUACCACUGAAUUCGUCAUCAACCCCGGGCUUGAAGUCACCGGCGUCGGUCAAAUCGGUCUUCCUCUGAGUCCGGAUGCUGCGGAGGCCAUUGCCAGUGUUGGCACUCCGCUACCUCCCCAUGAUGGUUUGUCCGACCAUAGUCACGCCGCGGCGACUCAUGAGCUCCGACCUGAGCAGUUGGGUUUUCGCAAUUCGAAAUGGGAAGUACAAAUGGGCAUGAUUGUCACGGAAGUGUUGAAGGGCUUUGGCCUCUCUUCGGAUCUGGAUGAUGUGAAGGUUGAGCUUGACCAAUGUCUGCUCUCCAAAGAGGGUGCCUUCUCACUGCCAAAACCAGACCGCGGUGAAGUUGCUGGGAAGUUCGGGACACUCGCAUUAUUUCUACCUUCGAGGCAUGUUGGAGGAGACAUAACCUAUUCAACCAUUACGGAAACAAAAGUGUUCGCCUUGAGGGAUGCGGAAUUUGACUUCUCCUACGCCGCCUGGGCUUCGUUUACCACCUACGAAGAGAAACCAAUUUCCUCUGGACAUCGCCUUGUCCUUGUUUACAACCUCAUUCAUGAAGCGUCGCAAACCUGUCUCUUGGAGCGUAAAAGUCAGUUCGCAGAACUCCAGAAAUGCCUCGAGUCAUGGGCUCGUUGGGCCGAACGGAAAACCUCGUCUCUGGACACCGACAGUCCACUACUUCCAUCGCAGUGGCCCACCCAUGUCUUGCCAUUGAACUCGCCAGGGGAAGCUGGUGAUGGCCUACCGGUAAUCCUGUAUCAGCUGGACGGCUCCAACCUCGAUGAUUACGCCGUCCGCUGGGCUGAAAUCCAGGGACCCAAUCAAGUUCUGUUGGCUGAAAUGCAAAGAGUUUGCGACGUCAGCAACUGCCGUGCAUAUUUGGGAUCCCUUGUGAUAAGGCAAUAUCUGACCGACCACGGGCAGGUUGAUGGAAACAGGAGGCUGGUAAGAAGUGUUGACUUUACUUGUAAUCUUGUCCACGGCCCGGAUGGAAAGAUUGUGGUUGAUCAACUGAAGAUCAACCCUCGAAUGUGCGCCUCCACUUUGUCUUUGCCGCAAGAGCCAACAUACGAAGAGCGACGAGGCAGCCUUACAAUCCAGACUUACUACCGUACCGUUACUGUCAUAAUACCCAAUGCUUUCUAUUUCCCACUACUGCUUGAGGCACUGCAACGUUCGCACGUGCAGGUAAAGCUGCUCUUGGAGGAGUUGUCUCGCGCAUAUCGCGCGUCCCCUGCAGAUCCAAAACUGCGCAGCCAGACGAACGAGCUCUGCCAACUCAUACUUGCCGAUCCUAUUUGGAGCAAACGGUAUCCCGAGGAGGUUGCGCGUCUUGGGCUUGAAAUGGAUGAUGCUACAAUUGUUAAACAAUGCCUGGAUAUCUUGGAAGAAAAGGUCGAAAAUUUGGCCAAAGACUUUGGCAAAGCCAUUACUAUUCGUGGUGUUGACCACAUGCGACCAGUUCUUGAUCAUAUUUGGACAUUGAGGUCAAGCAGCGCCGUUGGACACCUUUCGAUGCUCGAACAAAUGCGAUCACCGUGGUCAGAAAUAUCGCGCUCUGGCAAUUAUAGUUUUGAGCAAGCCUUGACGUGGUACAAAGCCACGCGCGACAUGUUGUUCACCCGGCUUGAAGAGAGAACCAUGUUACAGCAUGCUGAUGGAAAGCUACUGGCGCGUACUGUGCCUUGCUUUGACAAGAUAUUCACCAAAACACGGGUAGUUGCUAUGGUCGGGAAAAAUGUCCGUAGUCCAGGCUUCUCUGUCUCAUUUGUUACCAGCCUGUUUGGCAAUUAUGACAAAGCGAAUUGUCUGGAUCUGGAUAAGAUACUGCCCGUAUAUCGCGGCUUAAUACCCGAUGUACUCAAGGAGUUUGAGAUAAUGGCCCAUCGUCCCGCCCCGCGACCAUUCAUCUACAUCCCACCCAGAUCCUGGAAAGCAGAAGACUUCGUCAGACCACACAGUGUUGUCCGCCUCAUAGACCAAUGCCUCAGGAUCGACCAAGACGUCUCUGGCUUGCUUGACAAAAUCGAAAAGCAGGUGAAUUACAGACUCAACGGCUCCUCAACCGGAGUAUUCUCCCAAUUCGUCUGUCAAUUCGUUACAUCUUCGGCGGACGUCCUGCAGCGUAGGCUUCAAAACCAGCCGCCCACAGAUACCAAUAAUGUUCAGCAUCAAUGGUCUGGCCUUAUUUUCCGCCUCCUUGAAUCUUGUCUGCUUCGCUGCACUGGUGGGCCGUAUCCGACAUCUCAUACUGACUGGAGUCAGCACCUCCCUGGCGAGGAUUGCUGCUUCGACUGUGAGGACCUACGCCGUUUCGUCCAGGACCCGUAUAAGCAGACCGAGGAAUUCCGCAUAGCCCAAGGACGACGGUCGCACCUUCAAGCAAGACUCCCUAAAACAUUCGUCUGCGAGACCAUCCGUGACGGCUCACCGCAUGUUCUCCGAGUAAUCAAAACAGAAGCAGGGUUUAUUCACGCUAUUGACUUUUGGAAGGAGGGUGCCAAAAUUGGUCGCGACCGACUUGAGUUGAUUGCGAAGAGAUGCCCGCUCAAGGAUGUCAUUGGAGAAGAGAGAUACAAGGAGCUCGAGGUUUAUGUGACCAAACCCAAUGCACUGGCCACUAACAGUACGCCUGUCAGCAACCAAGCAAUGACGGCCCUGAACCCGAUUGAUGCGAAUAGGCGGUCUCGUGAUGGUCCUCGGUCUCCAACCUCAGCACCAACACCAACCAUUCCGCAGAAAAGAAGCUACCUCAAGCUCGAGGAUGACUGA